AUGAUACCAACACUAAUUCCAGAUGGACCAUGGCAAACUGUAGCAACUGACUUGUUUAUGCUAGACAACACCAACUAUUUGGUUGUGGCAGACUACUAUUCCAAGUUGUUUGAAGUUAUUAAACUUGGGAAUACUCGCAGUAGCACAGUUGUAAACCACACCACGUCAAUCCUUUCAAGACAUGGAAUACCAUUUGAAGUCAGAAGUGACAAUGGACCACAAUACACUGCAACUGAAUAUCAACAGUUUGCUAAACAACGGGGCUUCAAACUUCUAACAACUAGCCCAUAUAUGAGCCAAUCAAACGGUUUGGUAGAGCGGACAGUACAGACCAUAAACAAUCUAACUCAGAAAACAAGAGAUGAUGGGAAAGACCCUUACCUCAGUAUACCAGAGUAUAAAAAUACACCAAUUAACGACAUCGGAUCACCAGCACAAUUUCUAAUGAGUCUUUGUCAAUUACUAAACAUAUCAGUAGACACUUUCUUCUGUGUGUGA